AUGCCUUCGGAGGCUAAAGCUGCCGCUGCGUCCCUCCGGAAGUUGAUGGGCUCCGGGUUGUCCUUGUGUCGCGUUGGCUUCAACUCCUCCAAAUGGUAACGCGUCUCUCACUCUCUCUCUCUCUCUCUCUCUCUCUCCGUCUCUCUUUCGUUCCCAAUUGACUUCGGGUCCCAAAUUUCAGCAAAACUGAGGCGAAGCUGGCGGUGGCGAGAAUAAAGCUGCUGAGGAACAAGAGGGAGGUCCAGGUGAGGCAGAUGCGGCGGGACGUCGCCAUGCUCUUGGAGGGCCAUCAGGAUUCUACCGCCCGCAUCAGGGUAUCUUCUCGCCUCCACUCUUUAUUUGAAAACAUCUCAAUUUUUCUUCGUUGGAUGUCGUCCGUCCCUCCUCCAUCUUGUUACCGCAGCAACUUGAGAUUGGGGUUUUCCACUAGAUUUUACCCCCAGUACCCUUUGAUCUUUCAUCAGAUUCAAUGCACUAAAUAUCGAUGCAAGUUAUUCUACUUGAUCAUUGUAACGACAGAGUUUUCCUAUAAAAUGUUUUUUUUAUACAAAAAAAUCUAGUUUAUUUCUUGACUAGUUCCCAGAUGGUACCCUGAACUUGCUCUCAAGUUGCCGAGAGUUUAAGGGAAGAAGACGAAGAUGAUAGUAAGCUUAGCUUAUCCUACAAUCCAAUGGGGGAUCUUUGUUAGAUACUCCCCUCCUUUCCGUUUGGCUACUGCCACAUUUACCUUAGGUAUCUGUAAAACCAGAUGCAAUUCUAGACAAAUCCUUCGGAUCAAACUAUUUCGGGCUUACAACAGGGGUUACGGGGCAUAUGACUUUCUCCUUCGUUGCCUGGGCUGAUGUUUUCAACGGCUCUUAUCAAAUUGUGUCCAGUCUUAUGCGAAAUAAUCGCUGGAGUCUCGUAUAGAGAGGUGGGCUACAAGUAGUUUUUUCUUGAUUCCCAGGUCGAGCAUGUUAUCAGAGAGCACAAUAUUAUGGCGGCAAAUGAGAUCAUUGAGCUCUUCUGCGAACUGAUUGUGGCGCGCCUUCCGAUCAUCGCCAAGCAAAGGUCUGAUAGUCGACCCAUCUUCUCGUUGCUCAUCCCUGCAUGUGGAGUCGUGCUCUCAUCUUACAUUUUCAUUGUCCAGGGAUUGCCCCCCUGAUCUGAAAGAGGGGAUCUCCAGCUUAAUCUUUGCGGCUCCAAGGUGUUCGGAUAUCCCCGAGCUUUCGCGGCUUCGCGACGUCUUCGAGAAGAAGUAUGGCAAGGAUUUUGUCUCAGCUGCCACAGAUUUACGUCCCGAGUCCGGCGUGAACCGGACGGUAGGGAUCUCCCCCCCGCCCCCCGACUCUUCUUCGAUCCCCUGUCUCAUGAAUCUAUGAUACGUUUAGUUUAUUUUUUUUUUAAUUACCUCGAGAACGAACAAUGGUUUGUCUGAUGGGUCUCCUUGCAGCUGAUCGAGAAGUUGUCAGUGAGAACUCCCAGCGGCGAAGUGAAGCUAAAGUUUAUGAAGGAAAUAGCAAAGGAGUAUCAGAUCGAGUGGGAUACCACAGAAUCAGAGUUGGAGCUUCUCAAACCCCCGGAAGAACCUCUGGUGCGUGCAGAACGCUCUUCCCCUGUUCUUCUCACUCCCUCUCUUUUAGAAAAUUUUUAGAGCGCUCUAAAGAUUCGGAUUAGAUUUUCAUCGUGCUCGUCAGCAGGUUUGUGAUGAUUAAUUAUAGUCUCUCAUUUUUCUGUUCUUUGUGAUCUGGGCGUGUGAUGCAGAAAGGGCCCCAUUCGUUCCUCAGUGCCUCGAGCAUGCCCGUGAAGCCUUCCAUGCAGAGCGUGUACAAAGAUAGGGAAGGUACUUCAAUGCGGAAUUCUUCCCCAAACGCUGCAGAUCUCAGGUUCUCUUUCCCUCUGUCUGUCUGUCUAAAAUUAAGCUUGGCGGUCCCGUUCUCGCUUCUGGGUUUCUGAUUCUCGACAUUACAACCUGUGGUCAGAUCUUCGAACGAGGGAAAAUCUUCUAUGCAGUUCAAGGACUCAGCUUCGGCUGCCCAAGCGGCAAUGGAGUUGGCAGAGCAGGCGACAGCUGCUGCACAGGCCGCAGCUCACCUGGCCAGGCGGAGCUCGCAGCAGGGCGAUUACGUCACCCAUUUGGACAAUAUCUUGUAUGCUCAGGAGAGUUCACAGGGCAAGACGAGGCCUUCCAUGGACAGUGGAGGAUCGGGGGCGGGGGGAAGGCAUCUGAGCGAUGAUGACGAAGAUGAUGUCGGCUUGGACAGGACGAAGAAGAAGAUUCAGAGGAGGCACAGCUGCAAUGCGCGGGCGGUAAAGAGGCGCCCGGAAAUCAGGUUCGAUGAUUCGGACGGGUUGGAUUCGGGGGCUGAUGAAGAGGUUGAAGAAGUACGGCGGCACUCUGAAGGCGGCCGCGGUGGUUGCGGCCAUCCCCCUCCUGACCGCCCCCCUCCGGUGGCGGUCUCGCGUGUGCAUCCCAAACUGCCGGACUACGAAGAGCUCACAGCUCGCUUUGACGCUCUCAGGCGGUCCAGGUCAUGA